AUGCCGGACCAGCCGACCUCGGUGGCCACGGUGGUGGCGCGCUUCCUGCGCGACCACGGGGUCGACCGGGUCUUCGGCCUGCAGGGCGGACACAUCCAGCCGAUCUGGGACCAGCUGGCCCGGCUCGGCGUACGGAUCGUCGACGUCCGCGACGAGGGGUCCGCCGUGCACAUGGCGCACGCGCACACCGAGCUGACGGGGCAGACCGCCGUCGCGAUGGUCACCGCCGGGCCCGGGGUGACCAACACCGUCACGGCGGUCGCCAACGCCUCGGUCUCGCGGAUCCCGCUCCUGGUCAUCGGUGGCUGCCCGCCGAUCCCGCAGUCGAACAUGGGCCCGCUGCAGGACAUCCCGCACACCGCGAUCCUCGAGCCGAUCACGCGCCUGGCCCGCACGCUGCGCAGCGCCGACCAGGUGCUGCGCGAGUUCGACGAGGCCUGGGCGCGAGCGUCGGGCGACCGCGGCGAGCCGGGCCCGGUCUACCUCGAGAUCCCCACCGACGUGCUGCGCCGCGACGUCCCGCCCGCCCUGGUGAUCGACGAGCACCUGCGCGCCAAGCCCCGCAGGCGUCCCCAGCCCCACCCCGACGACGUGGCCGCGGUCGCCGACCUGAUCCGCGGCGCGUCGAAGCCGGCCGUGAUCAGCGGCCGGGGGGCCCGCACCACCGAUGGCACCGAGCUCGUGCGGCUGCUCGACGCGAGCGGCGCGGCGUACCUCGACACCCAGGAGAGCCGGGGGCUCGUCCCCGACACCCACCCCGCGGCCGUCGGCUCGGCGCGGUCGGCGGUCAUGCGCGACACCGACCUGCUGAUCACGGUGGGCCGUCAGCUCGACUAUCAGCUCGGCAUGGGCUCGCCGGCGGUGUUCCCGCACGCCCGCGUCGUCCGCAUCGCCGACACCGCGAGCGAGCUGAUCGACAACCGGCGCGGCGAGGUCGAGAUCCUCGCCGAGACGGGGGCCGCGCUCGGGGCGGUCGCCGACGCGCUCAAGGACCACACGCCCGACACGACGUGGCGCGACGAGCUCAAGGCCAAGCACACCGACCGGGCGAAGCGGUACCGCGAGGGCCUGCACACCACCGAGAACGGCUCCGACGGUCGCAUCCACCCCAACCGCAUCUUCGGGGCGCUCGACGCACUCGACGGCGACGCUCUCGACCUCGGCGAGACGAUCAUGAUCGCCGACGGCGGCGACCUGCUCUCGUUCGCCCGUCUCGGUAUCACCCGCUGCGCGCGCUACCUCGACGCCGGUGCCUUCGGCUGCCUCGGCGUCGCCACCCCGUUCGCGAUCGCGGCGUCGCUCGCGCACCCCGAGCGGCCCGUGAUCGCGGUGACCGGCGACGGCGCCUUCGGCAUCACCGCCACCGAGAUCGACACCGCCGUG